CCAAGUAAAAAAAAAAAAAAUUUGUUUGUUUGUUUGUUUGCUUCAUGGAAGCCCUGCUCCUUGAAAAUAUAGAUUCCCAGCCUUACAGGGUCAGGGAAAAUGGACGAGCAACAAAUGAAGCAGGCGGGUGUUUUAAUAACGUAUCCUUCGAUUCUCAACUUCGUCGAAUCCCUGGACCGCAAAUUCACGACAUAUAAGCUGUAUGAAGCUCAUGAUCGAGAAGCGUUUUUGACACAGCACUCUCAAUCUAUAAGAGGCGUGGUAUGCGGCAGAAAGGACGGGAUUAAUGCAGAGCUGAUCGAUGCUCUUCCUUGUUUGGAGAUUGUGGCCACCAGCAGCGUUGGAGUGGAUAAGGUUGAUUUGGCCAAGUGCAGGCAGCGCAACAUUGCGGUGGUCUAUACUCCUGAUGUGUUGACUGAUGAAGUGGCGGAUUUGGCCAUCGCUCUUAUGCUCGAUACCCUUCGCCACAUUUCUGCUUCUGAUCGCUAUGUUCGCCAGGGCCUGUGGCAGAGUAAGGGAGACUACAAGCUAACUUGCAAGCUAAGUGGAAAGCGUGUUGGAAUAGUUGGACUUGGACGUAUUGGUUCAGCUAUAGCUAAGAGAGCAGAAGCCUUUGGCUGUAGCAUUGCCUACUACUCAAGGUCUAAAAAAACUGAUGUACCUUUCAUGUACCAUUCAAAUGUUAUAGACCUUGCAGCUAGCAGUGAUAUUCUUGUUGUGGCAUGCUCUUUAACAAAAGAUACUUGCCACAUUAUCAAUAAGCCUGUUCUUGAUGCACUGGGAAUGAAAGGUACACUUGUGAAUAUAGGCCGGGGCUCCCUUGUAGAUGAGAAGGAAUUGGUGAAGGCUCUAGUGGAAUGUCGGAUUCAUGGUGCUGGUCUAGAUGUUUUUGAGAAUGAACCUCAUGUUCCACAAGAACUAUUUAGCUUGGAUAAUGUGGUUUUGGUGCCGCAUGUGGGAAGUGCAACCUGGGAAACGAGGAAGGCAAUGGCAGAUCUUAUUGUUGGGAAUCUGGAGGCACAAUUCUUGAAAAAACCUUUGCUCACCCCUGUACCCCUAUGAGAAUUUUCUUAAUCACUGUUCUCGUAAUUUAUCAUUUAUAAUAAUAUUUAAUUUAUGA